AUGCCACCCCGCAAGAAAUCCGCUGCCUCGAGCAGCACCUCAGCAACGUCUACGUCAACGACAAAUAAGAACAAUGCGCCUGCUUCUCGAACUUACCGUUCCGCGCCAGUCCCGAAACAAGUGUAUUUCCCUCCGCGCCGCAAGAUGGUUAGGACUUAUGGGCGUAAGGGCAGGAGGUCAUUGCCAGCUGAACUUGAAGGGGGGGGUAUCGGAAUCGCCGAUGAUGAGGGAAAAGAGGAAAAUGGCCCAAUGACAAGACGGAGGAGUCUACGGCAGGCCACACUCACGCAGGUCGGGUAUGUGAGGAGCUCGUCCGGGUUGGGGGAGGAGGACGAAGGGAGAGGCGAGCUAAGAGUUAGUGAUGAGGAGGAUAACAUGGAGGAGGUCAUGGAGGAAGCGGAGACGGGGAAGAGUGGGGCUCCGAGGGGAAAGGGGAGCGGCAGCACCAAGAUGGGGAAGAAGGGGGUUAGGUUUGCGGAGGGUAAAGAGGAGAAGAAGGCCCGGACACGGAGGAGAAGGACGACUGGUGACUUACCAUCCUGGUCGGAAAGCAAAGCGAGCACGUUCCAUACUCAAACGCUCACACAGCUGCUCUCCACAAUGCCCGACUCAAGCCGAGACACGCUUCGCCUUGACGACGAUGACGAUAACGACCCCGACCGUCCCAAGAACCGCCGCAAACGCCGCUCCCCUCAACCUCCCCUCGCUACCUCCAGUCAUACGCCCGGGACUACAGACCCUCACACGCCCAGCGCAAAGCGCAUCCGCGUCUCCCUCGACGAAGUGCCCUGCUCACAACCAACCCCCUUGACGCCCAUGCUCGACCGGUACAGCCCACUCGUACCAGGGGCUGUACGCUCGCCCUUGACACAGAAGUCAACCAACGUCGGCGUGGCGAUCCCAGAGAGCGUGGCACAAGGAAGGGGGAAGAGGCCACGGACGCUGGUCGUACAGGAUAGUUACGCGAGUAUGUUGAGCGAGAGUGAGCCCGAGGCGGAGGGCCCUGUUGGUCCGGGAGCUAGCGGGAAGCACGAGGAGAAGAAAGAGGAGUCGCAGCGUAUACCGCUCGCUGAGAUACCGCUUGAGAGGUUGGACGAGAUAAGAGGGAAGGGAAAGGCCUCUCAGCGGGUACCGCUUUCUGAGAUACCUGUGGAGAGUUUGGAAUGUGUUGGGGUUGCGAGGAGGUCACAGUCACAGCGUGUGCCUCUGGCCGAGAUACCCGUUGAAAGCCUGGCUCCGGCUGCUGCUGGGCAGGGGACGCAGUCUCAGCGGGUUCCACUUGCUGAGAUACCUGUUGAGAGUUUGGCCGCUGGUGGGGCAGAGGAUGGUAUGACGCCGACCACGAGGAGGGUCUUAGGUUCGGCAGGGAGGGGAAGGUAUGUCGAGAUCCCGGACUCCGAUGACGAUGGGUUAAGUCUCGGCUCGACUCCGUUCAGUCGCACACAGCGAACCCCUCUCGCGCCCAACAUCGGGCAAGGGUUCGAGGUCCUCGCUGACUCGGGUUCUUCUCGAUCUGGACGUAAUGAUCCUCAGCCCCCGGGAAGCGUCCGGAGCAUGAGGUCAGACAAGGAGAACAGUGGCCCUCUGGAAGAAAUGCGCGCCCCGCGAGAGAUCCACGACAGCGAAGAUGAGAGUGACGACGAGAUACCCGGAACACCAACGCCUGCUUCCCGCAGAGCGAUGCGCCUCAGCCAGGGUGCCGGGUCAAGGUCUGUUAUCAAGGCUUCCUCUGAGUUAGGGAGUCGAUCCCCUAAGCUGGCGACGUCACAACGGAUGCAGUCUAACGAGCCUGUGCCGGAGACGCCGACACCGGCUGCCAGAAUGGCUACCCCGGUGGUGGAAGAGAGGGUUUCCGAGGAAGAUGAUGAGGAGGCUACUGCUAGCGAGAGUGAGGAGAAAGAGCAGGGGACCCCAGUCAGAGCCGUAAAGAAGCCAACACCUCAGGUGUUAACAUCAACAAGAAAGUCAGCCCUCAAAGCGCCAGGCACACCGACCCCCGCUGUCCGCAGAGUGCAGAUAGAGCUUCCUCCUACGUCAGCCAGCAGGCACGGUAACAACAACAACAACAACAACAACAACAACAACGUGGCCAAAGAAGAGGCAGAAGAAGCAUACAAAGAAACACCCCGCCGUCCUCAGGCCCAGCAAACAGUUAAAUCCUCCCCACUUUAUGCCCGCCAAACUCAACGCUCGCAGUACUUCUCUCAGCUCGAAAGCCAGCGCGUGCCUUUGGAGGUGAUCCGCUCUCUCGGUCCACAAACUGACCGCUCCGAUAUCCUGAUCGCCAUUCCCGACAAAAUCGUUGAUGAAAUCGUUCAAGGCCUGAGGGACCAUGAGUUCAGGCCGUACCGUUUCCCCACGCAGGUGUGCCGCGUGUGGAUCUACACUGUUCCCAACGGCCGAGAAGAUGAGGGCGAGGUGAAGUACAUGGCUACGCUCGGCCCAGCUAAGGAGCCAGGGGAGAUUGAUAGUCGGACUGGGCUCGGGAAUGCGGAAUUCAACAUGAGAAAGUCACCAGAGAUGCGCUUCGCGCACAAGUUGAAGCAGGUGUAUCGGCUGAACAAUCCCCUGCCAGCAAAGGACAUGCCGGACAAUGGCCUCGGAAGGGGGGCGCCGCUCCGUUGGAGGUAUGUACCUCCUGCUAUCGUCGGGCAGCUGUUGGGCAACUUGAGAUGUCCGUUGUUCGAGGAGGAGGAUGAGAACGCGAUUCGGGUAGAGGAUGAUGAUAGGGACGUGGCCGGCGGGACGGUCUCGCAGCAGUUGGAAGAGCAAUUGCUGAGUGACUUGGUUGGUUCGACAAAAAGGGGUGACAAAAGCAAGGAGCGGGAGAUUGAGAGGGAGGAGGAAGACGUCAUUCCCGCAAGCCAGAGCCCCCUUGCGCCGAGGGCGAGUCGGAAGGGCAGGGGUCAUCGUGGGCAGCAGGACCAGCAACCGAAGGUUGGGACUGGAAGGGCGAGGCCGUCUAUCCAAACAUCCUCGUCGAAUUUUGUGCGUCCCUCGCAGGCCACAACGGCGAGCGAGGCCAGCGAGGACCCAUCCCUUUCAUCCCCUCCGCCUGCUGCAGCACGGAUGCUCCCUCCUCCUCGCAACGCUCGCACCAGGGCCAACGCCAACCGUCCUCGUCAAGUUCACGUCCUGUCCUCUGAAACCAACGAACCUUCGCCGCGAAAAGACAACGGCCAGGAUCCCACCGUUGAUGACGAGGAAGAACCGACCCCCACUCCGUUUCCUCGACCUCAACACCCUCUCAGCAGUAGUCAACCUGCGUUGUCACUACCUGCGUAUCACGAUGGAAGUGGGGAGAACGAGGGCGGGUCUUUGGGCGUCGAGCUGCCUUUGGUCGAAUCGUCGUCUCUUCCCCCAGAUAGUCUGCUAAUUGACCGCGGACGAGAGGCGCCGGAACCAAUACUUUGGGAUUCAGACGAAGAGGAACUUUGA